GAGGAGCAAGAAGUGUCAUCUGUUCGGUGGCUUAUCCAGGGAUACACGAUAGACCGGAACGCUUAAAGGGAGUUGCUCAUUCUAUCGUUAUUAUUGCAUAGAAAGUGAUCAAGGAAAAGUGUCUCAAGAACAAAUGUUACAUCGUCAGAAAUUGCUUUCAUGAAAAUGUCUUCAUACAUGACACGCCCCAAAAACAUUAUUUUCUCCCUCUUGCUUUCCGUUGGUUCCAUCAUCCUGUACAGUAUGGUGUAUGGGAACCAAGUAACAUGGUCACGAAAUGAUAUCAGGCUUGACAUUCCCCGUGAAGUCAUAGAAAAACGCCCAAUAGAGAACACACAGAAGUUGGAGAGCUGGCAGAGAGAACUGUGCAAAGCCGAUGUCAGUGAUGUACCUGAGGAAUCGGUGAUACUGACCCUGCCGAUACUUGUCAGGGACAUUACGCCCAACACCAGUGACUAUAACGUGUACCUCGCGGAGACAAGCUGCAACCCUCGCCCACUGUACAGAGCGUGGUGUUCCGUGGAGAGCUUCGCCAACCAGAACCCAACAGCAAAGAUCUGGUACGUGGUCACCUCUCCGCAUGUAGACGACACAGACAGGCUCGUCACGUUACUCAAGAAGAGGUAUGAAAAUUUAGAUGUCGUUGGCGCCGAUCUCGAAACGAUGUUCACUGGGACCCCCCUUGAAAAAUUAUUUACGUCAGGGACCUGGGCGCAGAACACGCCUUGGCCGGCGAACAACCUCUCCAACAUGCUGCGGAACGUCCUGCUGUGGCUGUGGGGUGGAAUGAACGUCGACACUGACUGCAUCUGCGUCAGGAAGGUCACGGACCUCCACAACGCGAUCGCUUACGACGAAAACGAAGAGGUCGCCAACAACGCCAUCAUGCACUUCGAAGCCCGACAUCGGUUCAUUCUCGAAACCAUGGAGUACCUGAAACAAAAUUUCCAGGUGGCGACGUGGCACGUCAACGGGCCAGGGGCGGCUUCGCACAUCGCCAAAAAGGUCUGCGGAGCCAAGAACCUGAAUCAGAUCCUUUACAAGAAAUGCGACAGCGUGAAGUUGAUGCCGUUGAGGAAUAUGCAACUCUAUACUUGGAAACAGUGGGGGAGGUUCUUUAAGAAGGGAAAUGGAAGCAAAUUCCUAGGGGGACACAAAGACGCCUACAUCUUGCACAUGUAUAACAAAGUCAGCAAGAAAAUUGCGGUUAAAAUAGGCUCCGAAACCAUCUACGACAGUGUUGCCAGCGUCGUCUGCCCCCUCACGUACGAGGCUGCCAAACGGAGGGCGUACUUUUUUUAGUUCGAGUGGAUGUUUUUGGGAUGAAUGUUUUUGGGAUGGAUGUUUUUGGACUGGAUGUUUAUGGGCUGAUGUUUUUAGG